AGGAUCUCGGAGCUCCUUAUUCCCACCGUCGCAACAUUAUGGAAUUAAACGUAAUGAAAAGUACCUUGCCUACUUGCCCCACAGUGGCUUUCACAAUCAAAGAGUGUCCCUGGAGAAUGCUCUUGUACUCGCACACCUGACGAAUAGGGCCCUUAUUAUCCCUCCAAUAAGGCUAGGGUUGCCGAUCCGUCAUCUCGAGUUUGACAAGUUGUAUCGCAAUGUCGCCUUGUCUUCCAAAGUUGGCCUGGAGCAUUGUCACGCUUCCACUAUGCUAUCCUCGAUUGUCCCUCCCGAGUGCACCCAAUAUCAUGAAUAUACUCUUAUACCAUGGAGUAUGCUCGUGGAUUUACAGCACCUUUCAGAUCUGUGCCCCAUAAUCGAGCGUUGGGACACAUCCUCUGCGUGGCUGCGCCGCUACCUGAACGUGAGCACGGUGGAAACGGCGCAUAUAAAAGAUCUCCACCCGUACCAUUUUCAGCUCUUUGAUAACGCACAUGAUUCUCACCCUUUGAAACCAAAAUACUAUCAAAGGAUCAAUAUUCCUGACAUGGCCUCUGAGCUCGAGAGCUACCGCUUGAUUCACUUUGGUACCCUGUUUGGUACAACACGACUUCGUCUCACCUCGCCAGAUGGCAUACGGUUCCGACGGCAAGUUCGGGAGCGAAUGGUGUUCCAGAAUCCUGCCUUGCUACGAAUUGCUCGUUCUAUUAGCUCUCUUGUUGGGGGAGAUGAAACAGGUGCUGGAUACGUUGGGAUCCAUCUUCGAUUAGGAGACAGCUUCGCUAUUGAUGGAUACAGGAAUUCAAGGUCUAUGUGGUGGACACUCCUUCACAAAGGUUUCCAUCUUGAUAUGUCGGAGAUCGCGCGUAUAGAGUCCGAUACUUUGGGACCCAACGGUGCCCACGACCUCACCCCUCCGAAUUUACAUAUCGAUGAGACUGCUCACCGAUAUCCUCAUCCUCCUCUCUCGGAUGUUAGAUACCUUAACCAGUCAAACCAUCGUAAUUGCCUGGGCACUUUACAUUCUCGCUUGGAACACUCUGCGUUGAACACCCCAAUUUUCAUUGCAACAGACGUCAAAAAACCUCGAGUGCAUCUCGCUCUUGAACUUUUCCGUAAAACGCUACCCUGUGUAUUCUUCCUCUCGGACUUCGACAACGUGCUCUCACCGCUCAAGACCUCCGAUAUAUUUUUCAAUGAUGACGAAGGGCUGAGGGUGGACACAUUCUUAUUACCUUUCGUUGAUGCAAUGGUGGCUUCAAUGGGCAGAGAAGUCUUAGGGACUCCUCACAGCACUUUCUCCCGAUUCACUGUAGACGUCCUACAUCGUGCCUAUCAUGGCUGGCCAAUUGUUGAGAGAGGUUAAAUGGUACUCAUUCUCGCGAGUACACGAAAGAAGGUUACCAACUCCCAUGAUUUUGAUACAUAGGGAGGCUCUGUAAAAUCUUCCUGAGCUCCUCUCAACUCGCAGGGAGUCCCUUCGCAUCGGAUUCAUCAUUUGGUUGGCUUGUACAAGCACAUCUAACUUGGAGGGGAGAUUGAACCACGACAGUGGUAACCAUGACACGAAACUGAAUAUGUUU